UUGUUCAAACAUUUCACAACUUUUAAUAUAACUUUUUUUUAAUUUAUUUACCUACAAAUAGUAGCCAUGAGCUGCAUGUGAAUCUUCUUAAAGCAGCUGGUGUGAUGGGUGCCAAACAAAAGGGCUUGGAGCAUGAAAUAUAAGGCUGUGAAGGAAUGGCAUUGGAGACGAGGAGGGGGAGGAAGAGGAGAGGAGGGCAGCAGAGAGUUUUGUUCAGUGCUGGAAGGCAGAAGAGACAGUGCUAACAAAAAAAAAAAAGGAAGGAAUAACUCCCCCCAGCAGCAGCAGCAGCACAGAGAAGCAGAAGGAGGGGCUGGCUGAUCGCACAUUACUCCCUGGAGAAAGAAAGAAGAGGGCAGGGCUUGUGAUCGAGCUGCGCUACUUGUUGUUGCCUGUGUGAAGGAGCGUAAAGACUCCAAGCCGGUCAGCCUGUGUGUUAGUGAGCUGUUCAAAGCAUGAGGGGAGACAAGUUCAGUAAAUGUUUGCAAGAUUAGAAACUAAAUAGCACAAAACAAACAGCAGACGUGGUCAGUCACACUGACAGAGUGGAGGAUGAUGGCGGAGGGGCGCUUUGCCAGUCUACCCAGAACCCUCCAUGCUCACCACACCCUGGGAAGAGGCUCCACCCACACAGGAGUGCCCGGCCCCUCCCUUGCCACCCCCAGUAGUGGCAUUUGCUCCUCCAGGAGGCUUCAGGCCUCUCUCACCACCUCCAUGGACCUCCUUGGUGCCAAACCUGGUUUUCCUCCUGGCAGCGGCAUGCCAGAAAUUCCCCCAGCAGCCUACCAGCCCGUCUCAAUCCAUGGAACUCUGCCUCGCCGAAAGAGAGGAGCCGGAAACAGCAGCACCCAUGGAAGCUUCACCUGGGACCCUAAAGCCAAUCAGGCCUCACUUUGCAGGAAUCCAUCCCUGCCUUCAGGACACAUGCAUCAACCCACGACAUCUUCACUGGCCCCACAUAUCCCUGAGGACUUCCAUAGUUACAGGGAUCCUGCAGCUGCCCUGGACGCCGCUGUGGACUAUGUGAAGUUCUCUCGAGAUCAGUUCAUCCUGGACUGCUCCUCGGAGAAACUUCGCAGGGAGCUCGAGCAGGAGCUGAAGAUGAACUGCGAGGAGCCGAGGAGUCACGCGUGGUACCACGGCGCGAUUCCCAGACAGGUUGCAGAAAACCUUGUGCAGCGCGAUGGAGACUUUUUGGUCCGCGAUUCGCUGUCCAGCCCUGGAAAUUAUGUUCUGACCUGCCAAUGGAGAAACGCUCCUCAGCACUUUAAAGUCAACAAGAAGGUAGUGAUGCUAAAUGAAGCUUAUUCUAAAGUUGAGUAUCGACUGGACAAAGAUGGAUUUGACAGCGUCCCUUCUCUGAUUAGAUUCUAUGUUGGAAAUAGAAAACCCGUGUCACAGGUUGUGGGAGCUAUCAUCUUCCAGCCCAUCAACAGGUCGCUUCCUCUGCGCUAUUUGGAAGAAAAGUACGCCCUGUCGGGUAACCAGCGGGAGGCGGGGCUUGUGGCCCAGGAGAAACCAUGCCAGAAACGUCUGAGCCUCAACAUCACCAACGGAAUCGGGCACGCCGUGCACGACGGCUCACACUGCCCAGACAACGGCUUGAGCCGCAGCAGCCACCUCAGGUUGAAGGAUCGCUGCGGCAGCCAACCAGCAAGUCUCAAUCAGGUCCAGGACCGCCGACGCCCACUCAAGGCGCACCAGUCAGACAGCUUUCUACCCCUUGGUUCUAAACCUCAGUCUCAGCAGUCCCCUGACUCGCUCCUGGCCAGCCCCAAGUCUCCGGUAUUUCGAACCGGCAGUGAGCCGGCGCUCAGCCCGUGUGUGCCACGGAGAUUAGCAGAGCAUCAAGCAGGUCAGGCAAUCCGGGGUUCUGACAGUCAGCUGUGUCCUAAACCGCCACCCAAACCGAGCAAACUGCUCCUGCCUCACGCCCCCUCGGUCCAGCCCCCGCGGUCCCCUGCCUCCUCCCCCAACCGGGCUCCAUCCCCUCUUGCUGCUUCCUCCUCCAGUGCAGCUCCAGGCCCUCCCGUUCCCCCGCCAAAGCCCCGUAAGCUCCAGCGGACGCUUCCCGAAAGCAUCCAGCCUGUGGGACAGGAGUCGACGGGGCGAGCGGAGCACCUGCAACCGAUCCUGCCCUGCAGCUCGGACGGCCAAUCGAACUUUCAGAACUCCACCACAGACCUCAACCCUGAACAUCCUCCUUCAGUCAGCAGCUACGUGGAGAGGCUGAAGAGGGAAGGAGACAGAUCGAGAGGUGAGGACCACGAGGAGAAAGAAGAGGGAGGAGGCAGCUCCCACCAUCCUGACAUCGCACCCUCAGAGCACUCGAGCGAGGAAGAGGAGGACCGAGAAAGGGAUUUACCAAAGAGAGGAAAAGGAAGAAGCGGGUCUUGGAGGCCGGUGGAAGAAACCGAGUCAAUGUUCAGGCCGACGGAUUUUGAAUCCAGGCUUCUUCCUCCUGAGAACAAACCGCUGGAGAUGGUUGUUCUGAAGAAAGCCAAGGAGCUGGUGCUCAGCCACGAUCACCGGAGUAUAGCCAGACACCUGCUGAUGGCCGACUGCCAGGUAGCCAGAAUCCUCGGAGUGACGGCAGAGAUCAAAGGUCAGAUGGGCGUGUCCUCAGGUCUGGAACUGGUGACGCUGCCGCACGGACGUCAGCUGAGGCUGGACCUCAUGGAAAGGCAUCACACCAUGGCGAUCGGGGUCGCCGUGGAUAUUCUGGGAUGCACUGGCAGCGUGGAAGAGCGGGCGUCCACCUUAAACCGCAUCAUUCUGGUUGCUCAGGAGCUGAAGGACGAGGUGGGAGACCUGUUUGCUUUCACAGCCAUGAUGAAAGCUCUGGACUUCCAGCAGAUCAGCCGUUUGGAGGAAACCUGGACGACUCUGCGCAGGAACUUCACCCAAGCAGCCAUUAGCUAUGAGAAAAUCCUCAAACCUUUCUACAAAUGCUUGUAUGAAGGCACAGCCCCCAGUUCCAAAGCACUCUGCUUGCCAAUGCUUUUGCCUCUACUCACCUUAAUGGAGCGUCCCCUGAUCACACCUGAGGGGGCGGAGUUUUGGGAAACCAGCGAUGAGGGCUGUGACAUCAUGCUGCGGCACCUGGAGGCCGCACGAAUUGUAGCUGAGAAUGCACAAAGCUACACGUCCAACGCACAGAAGAUUUUAAAAGGUUUUGAGCUUGAUGAAGGCUUACUUGAAGUGUUUAAGACGGACUUUCAGCUGCGGCUGCUGUGGGGGAGCCGUGGAGCCACGGUCAACCAGUCAGAUCGAUACAACAAGUUCAAUCUCAUCCUCACCGCGUUGUCACGGAAACUGGAGCCCCCACCUAUAACACAACCUUUAAUCUGAACAAAUACGAACACAUUUCCCCCCACAACAUUUUCACCAGUAAAGUCAACAUUCCAUCAUGGCACAUCUGACAUCCCAUCCUGGUCCUUUAAGGUCUGCAAAAGUCCAGAAAUGAGCCAAAGCCUCUUCCUGUUCAGUUUCAGUUUAAUGUGAGUCUCACGCUUUGCUGCUGAAUUAACUUUAUUUAUAUUGUAGCACAAUGUCACAUAUUUGUUCACAAAACUUUCACUGUGUGUCCUUUAAACGAGGGCAGAGCAGUUGACAGGAUCUGAAAAGGGACACCAUUUUUCACCUUUAUUUAACACAUUGUGCAAUGAACAUAACAGUAACGUGUGUUUUCUAAGGUUAGUGACUGAUAACAAAAAAAAACCUCAAAAGAUCAUCUGUUUUCUUUAAAUCAGCCAAAAAUAAGAAUCCAAAUCAAACCAUCUGUGCAAAAAUCACUAAAAUAUGCCGUCAACGUAAAGCUGUAUAUAUAUUUCUAAGCAUGUUCAUAGACUGUACAUUUCUUGUAGAAAAUAAACAAAUUUGUUGAUGAAUAUUAUUGUCUAUAUUGUUAAAAUUAUGUGAUCAGAUGCAAUAAAUGAAGUCCUUGUUACUGUA